UUCAAUAGUUCUUGCUUAAUUUUUAACGGUUUUCUUUCAUAAAAUACUGUCAAAUCCAAGAACAAUGCUUCUAUAGUAAGAUAAUAUAUUAAAAAAAAAAAAAAAAAAAAACAAAUAUAACUAAAUUACAUUGUGACAAAUUUGUGUUGUAAAAAUAGUGAAACUCAAAAACGUAAGAGUUUUGAAAGCCAAAAGAAAGGUGUAAAAAUAUUUUCCCAUAAAUGCAAUUGCAAUAUAAUAUGGAUUGUACUGGCCGUCGUUCAAAUCAAACAGAACGUGACUCGGAUUUGGGGGAAGAUUUGUCUCGUGACGCUGCUUCAGAUGAUGAUGUACGUGAUUGUGAUUCGAUCGAUGGUGAGCAUCAUGUAAUUCGUGCAACACGUUUAAAUGUCGCAACAUUAAAACGUAAUCACACCAAUAAUAAUAAUAACAACAACAAUAACAACAAACACAACAACAACAAUAACAAUAAGCAUACACAACACAGUAAUAAAGCGCACAAUAAUAAUAAUAGUACGAAAACUAAACCGUCAAUUGGUGGUGAUAUGAGUUUUGGAGCUGGUUCCGGCGCUGGUGUUGCUAUUAGCGGUGGCAUGGGUGUGCGUAGUCCCGAGCAUCACGCUGAUAUACAAAUGAGUCAUCAUCAUCAAUUCCCCAGCAAUCAUCCGCUCAAUGCACUUGGUAAUUUUAUGGGCAUGAGCGGCUUACAUGGCAUUCCAAAUCUACAACACAAUGAUGUGUUAGAGAAGCUAAAGAUGCAAGUGCGUGAUAUGAAAGUGGGUCUAAUGGAACAAGAUUACGCUGCUGCUGCGCAUGCGGCUGCCUUUGGGCAAAAUCUACUACCCACCAGUUUGAAUACGGCAUUCUCGCUGCCGCCCACAACAAUGGCUCAAUUCGAGCACCGUGUACAGAGUCUCGCUGUGCAGGCUGAUGGUGGCGGUAGCGGUGGAAACGCUGGCGUUUCCAAUGGUAAUACACAAAGUGCACAACACAGUGGUGGCAAUAGUGUGAGCGGGAGUGGAGCAGCGUGUUUGACCAAUGGUGGCAGUGGUUUGCUUGGUAGUGGUGCUGGUGGCGGUGGCGGUGGCGGAGGAGGCGCUGGAGUCGCUGGUGGUGGCAGCGGCGGUUCACAUGGUGGCUUCUCAUUUACCUCACCAACGGCACCCAGCUCAAAAGACGUCAAUCCCGCAUCGAAUUCUUCCACAUCCAGUGAGGCUUCCAGUUCUUCGCAACAGAAUAAUGCCUGGAGUUUUGAGGAGCAAUAUAAGCAAGUUAGACAGCUUUAUGAGAUCAACGAUGAUCCCAAAAGAAAGGUGUUUUUGGACGACUUAUUUGCGUUUAUGCAAAAACGAGGCACUCCCAUCAAUCGUUUGCCGAUAAUGGCAAAAUCAGUUUUGGAUUUAUUUGAACUAUACAAUUUGGUUAUCGCACGUGGCGGUCUAGUUGAUGUGAUCAAUAAGAAAUUGUGGCAAGAAAUCAUUAAAGGUCUACACCUGCCAUCGAGCAUUACCAGCGCUGCAUUUACAUUGAGAACACAAUAUAUGAAAUAUCUUUAUCCUUACGAAUGCGAUAAGAAGAAUCUCAGUUCGCCCAACGAGCUCCAAGCGGCUAUUGACGGCAAUCGUCGCGAAGGCCGUCGCACAAAUUACGGUCAAUACGAGUCAAUGCAUAAUCAACUACAAAUGCCUCAGCUUUCGCGGCCAUCACUGCAAGCAGGCUUACAACAAAUGUCCCCAUUGGCACUUGUCACACACGCCAACAAUCAACAGGCCGCCGCUGCCGCUGCCGCCGCCGCCGCACACCGACGCAUGUUGGCGCCCGCUUUCGGACAAAUGAAUCAAAUGGGGCAGAUAGGGCAGAUGGCGCAGAUGGGGCAAAUGGGACAGAUGGGACAGGUGCCAAAUUUGGUGACACAUGAAAUUGAACAGCGCAUGUUGGACUAUAUAAAAAUGAUGCAGCCCAAGCCUCAACCGUCCAAUGUUGCAGCGGCUGCCGCAGCGGCCGCGAUGGGCGCUGGUGCCGAUGCAGCGGCUAUUGCACGUCUAGCUGUCAAUAUGAGUGAGAAUGAGGCACACCAACAGCAACAGCAACAACAACAGCAGCGUCAGCAUCAGCAUCAGCAUCCAAUGUCCCCAAAUCAUGAUGGCGCUGCCAAAACGGAGGCGGUGAAUAAUGUUUUAGACCUGGGACGCGCGGCUCUCUGGCAAAUGUAUCACAACAGCAACAGUCCGCCAGUGUCGCUGGGGAAUGGUGAGCCAGGCUCCUCGGCCGCGCUAAGGGCAGUGGGUAUGAAUGAGAACGAGGCUUUAAACCUUUCACCGCCACACGUCAAGAAUAUCAAACGUGAACGUAUGGCCGAACAGCCAGAGCCAUGCGAUGACGACGAAGACGAUUACGAUCAAGCUCCGCCAAGCAAACGCAAUCCGAUACUUGAUUUUCAAAAUAACUUUUACCUGCCACACAGUAUGGCCGCAGUUGCCGCUGCCGCCGCUAAUUUCCAACAGCAGCAGCAGCAGCAACAACAACAACAGCAACAAAACAAUGGAAACAAUCAUCUGCCGCAAGAUUCCGACCUGGAGGAUGCUGAUGACGAUAUGGGCGAUGCGCAUGCAAGCGGCAGCAACAAUCAACGAGCCGCUGGAGUAGACGGUGUGCGGCCCAUGGUGAAUGGUCACAAUCACCAUCAACAACAACAAGAUCCCGCCCUGCCACACAGCCGGCGUAUGCUACAACAACCACACAAUAACCGAAACAUCAAUGGCAACGGCCAUCGGCGCCACGAUGAUGAUUCGGCACUAGAGAAUUCGCCCUCAACUAGCGCUGCAUCUGCUGGCAGCCUAGGUAGCGGAGGUGCCGGCGCUAAUGGUGCUGCAGUUGCUGCUGGUCCUGUUGGCAAUAAUCACGUCUCACCCCUUUCCUCGAAAAAGACAACGAAAGCGAGACAACAAAAUAAUGCCGCUGCAGGAUGUUCUAUGCUCGGCUUGGGUGCGCUGAAUCUGCUAGCGGGUAUGCAAUUUCGUGUUGUGGGAAAUGGCAUCAACGAAAAUGGCGAACAGCAAUUGUCGGUAAAUCUUGCACUUAAUGGCGUUAACUACACCGGUGUACUCGUGGCCAAUGUUGACGACAGCAAUGCUGACGCUAAAGCCGAAGACGAAGAUGUUAAGCUAAGCAAAUCUGAAACCACGACGAAAGACGAAGAAGUAGAGGAACCCAAAAAUCUAAGUGGCAGCGGAGCAAGGCGUAUGGAUGAAGAUGCCGAAGAAGAGGCCGAUGGUAUUAGUACAGCGAGCACUGAUGAAAUAGCAGCAACAACAGCAGCAGCAGCAGCGCUAGCAGCAGCAGCAGCAACAGCGAAUGCGACACAAAAUGACGCUGACGCUGACGCCGAUUUUAUGGACAUACAACUAAAUGGCAGUGUACACAAUGAUACCGCUCCGAAAUUACCAUAAGCGAAGUAAAAGAAAAGAUGAAGGGAGCGAAAGGGAAAAUAAAAAUGAGAAAAUACAAUACAAGAAAUAUCAUGGGGUAAAGUUGAAAUAUUUGUUUAAAACAAAAAAAAAACGUGAUAGAGAAAAAAUGAUUAUUUAUGGGCGCUGACAGCGCAGCAGCUUGGCAGCUGCAGAGAAAUAUUUACAAAAAGAAAAAAAUCAAAAACACCCUACGCGACAUAACUAAAGGCGAUGAGCCAAAAAAAGAAAGGGUUAAAUAAUAUCAAAUUUGAAAACAAGGCAAGCUUAAAAACUCAAACUGCAAAGAAAAAGCUGGAAUCAAAGCACGAUGUAUGUGAAGCAAAAUAAAGAACUCAAUUUAAGACGUUCGCUCGUUACAGCUCCAUGAAGACAGCGCAGCUGCUGCUGCAUAGCUUGUCAGACGGCCAAAAGCUCAAUAAAGCUCCUCGGCAUAAACAAGACUUACACGCUUCAAUGCAUGUUGGGUAUUCGUUUUGUCAAAAGAAUGAGUGAAAAGGUGUAGAAAACUUCAGCAAAAAAAAGCUGCUGUAAAUAAAAAUUAAGAAGUGGCAAAAAAUUUGCAAAAAAAAA